UCCAAAACUUUUCUCACAAAGAUAUACUUUUCCGACAUGCAGCCCCUUUCAUCGAGAUCUGUCACCCUUGCGCAAAUGUCACCCAUCUAUUUUGGAUUUUCGGCUGAGUAAAGCAAAGUACGUCAACGGUUCAGCAUUUGGGACAGACCGGGGUACAAGGCUAAAUCGAAAACUACAGCAGGGGACUGGGGGAUAAGUCCCAGCUACCAACUUCCAUCCGAUCUUUCGAAUUUUAUUUCUGGACGAAGUGCUUGGACUCACAAUCUUGCGUACCCCGCUGCGCGGCUUCUGAUUUUGCUAUUUAUGAUCGCGAUUUGCAGAGUUUUGAAACAAGGUAAUUGUUUACUUUCCCAGAGCUACUGAUCGUUUAACAACUCAGUAACAAAGUAUUGGAACCGGAAGGUUUUAAUUCAGCAACAGAAAAAGAAUGAACGCAAAGUUCUUAAAUAUGAACUUUAAAGCUGGUAGCCACACUUAAUAGUGUAUGUUGCUGUUAAUAGUACGACGCACUUAUUGUCAGGGAGCGGUUCUACAAAUGGACAUAUAUGAGAGAUAAGCGGGGACAGCUGCAUCUAUUCUGGGAGGUUGCUGGGAGGCUGGUGAUUGGCGACUUUCCUUCGACCUCAAAUGAAACAGCAUUCUGAAUUAUCCUAGUAGGACAAGCUUCCCGUGACCUUCGAAGCCUAAGUGUGUUUCCCCCCACCCCAUUCUCCGCUAAAGAUCGAAGAUGGAUUUUGGUGGGGCCCCCCGGUUUUUAAGCCGGCCAAAGACCUUCGCAGUGACGGCCGGCAAGGAUGCGACGCUCUCUUGUCGGAUCAUUGGCAACCCAGUGCCGUUGGUGGUCUGGGAGAAGGACAAGAAGCCGAUCAGGUCGGAGGGAAGGUUCAACACGGUGGAGGACGACGACCUGUACAAGCUGACCAUCUACGAGCUGUGCAGCGCGGACAACGGCCAGUACAUCUGCAGGGCCAACAACCCUGUGGGGGAAGCUUACGCGGCGGUGACCCUUCAGGUCGGCGCCCACCCUCAGGUCGCCAGCGCCCAGUGCGCACCUUACUUCGUGCUGAAACCCAGCUCGCUGCGGGUCUGCCUGGGGGACGACGCCAGCUUCUGCUGCCAGGUCCAGGGGAAGCCGUUACCGACGGUCCAUUGGGAGAAAGACGGCAAAGCCCUGGGCGGCGGUCCGGUCGACGACACCAACAAUCGGUACGUGGUGGAGGCGGCGGGCGGCACCCUCAAGGUCCGCUCCGUCAGGCUUUCCGAUGGCGGCUCCUUCACAUGCAGAGGCCUCAACGAGCUGGGCGAGUGCCAGGCAAUAGCCGCCCUGGUCGUCUUCUCGCCAAGCGACAGCCCCACCCAGGGUACCGCGCCCUCAUUGAUGUCGCACCUGCAGCAAAGGCGAGAACAGGUCCGGGCCUCGGACGCCGUUAUUACCGACGCCUCCAUGUCUUCUCUAACCGGACUCCCCUACGGGCGGUUGCUCGCGCGCGAGUACGACAAGGCGGGAAGCCACAUCCUCUCGCGCGAGAACGACACGGCGGGAAGCCAGAGCCUCGCACGCGGGCCGUGGACGCUGCACGCGACGAGUCGGACCCGCACGUGCACCGUCACCGAGGGCAAACAUGCCAAGUUGAGCUGCCACGUGACGGGCAAGCCCAGGCCCGAAAUUAUCUGGAAAAAAGACGACGAGGUCAUCAACCCCGGCCGCAGGCAUGUCAUCUUCGAUGACGACGAGGACAACUUCGUGCUGAGGAUCCUCUUCUGCAAACAGAGCGACAACGGGCGCUACACCUGCACGGCCUCCAAUUUGGCCGGGCAGACCUACAGCUCGGUACUAGUCAUCGUCAAAGAACCAAGGGUACCCUUUAAGACAAAAUUGAAAGAUGUUGAAGUUGCAGAGAAGGAAACAGCAACCCUCCAGUGUGAAGUUCCUAUUCCUGCCAUACAGGCCAGUUGGUUCUUGGAGGAAACCGAGAUAGCUGAAAGUGCUAAAUAUGAAAUAGAAGAGGAAGGCACCUUUAGAAAACUUACUAUAAAAGAUGUUACUACUGAUGAUGAUGGUGUCUAUAUCUGUGAAAUGAAAGAAGGCAGCAGAACAGUUGGCGAGUUGACAGUAAAAGGUAAUAUUGUUAAGAAGCUUCCAAGGAAAACUACUGUACCAGAAAAUGACACAGCCAUUUUUUGUGUGGAAUUGAGUAGUGGCUGUAAUAAUAUCAGGUGGAUAAAGAAUGGGCAAGACCUACAACCAAAUGAUAGAAUGACCAUCGCUGUAUCUGGCACGCGACACACUCUAACAAUUAGAGAUUGUAAAUGGGAAGACGCUGGAGAAAUAGCACUAUUGGCAGAUGACUCUCGAACAUCCACUCAAUUCACAAUAACAUCUCCCCGGAAAGUUCCACCACAUCCCCCAGUCAACCCUGUGGUCAAAGAAAAGACAGCAACAUCGGUUACUUUGGCCUGGUCACUGCCUGUAGAUGUGCCACCUACCCCCGUGACUGGAUACAUAGUCCAAAGAAAAAAAAUAGGAAGCAAUACCUGGACACAAUGCCACACUUCAGAAAGGAUAGAGGCACAAGAGUUUACAGUGAGUGCCUUGCAAGAACGAGCUACUUAUCAGUUCAGAAUUAGUGCUGUUAACAACUUUACUCAGAGUGAAUACUUAGAAGUCCCAGGAACAUUUUAUAUUGAACCCAGAGUUUCCAUUGAAAAACCAUUGCAAAAUGUUGAAGUUUCAGCUGGUGAAGAUGCUACUUUCAUUAUUGAGCUAUCCUCUGUUGCUCCUGGAACGUGGUUCAUGAAUGAAAAAGUUGUCCAAGACUGUGAGAAUUAUAUAAUACGGAGUACUAAAAAUAUACAUACGUUAAUUGUCAAAGGAGUGGGCGAUGAAGCUGAUGUGAAGUUUGUAUCUGGCAACGCUGAAAGCACUGCUAAGUUAAGAGUGAAAGAUGCAGCUGUCAGAUUCAUAAACAAACCAAAAACUCCAUCUGAAGUUACAGUAGUAGCCUCAGAAUGUUUGGAAUUGUCUUGUGAGGUGUCACCAGCUAAUGCUGUGGUCAUAUGGAGAAAGGAUCAAAAAGAGGUUAAGCCGGACCAGAGGAUAAGCAUCAUCUCUCAGGGAACACAACGCAAACUUGUCAUCAAAAAAGUGCAGCAGAACGACCAAGGAAACUACACCUGCACGUCUAAUGAUGACAGUCUAACAUUCCAAGUUAAGAUCAAAGAACCAACUACAACUGUCUUGAAAAAGUCCACAACACAAACAGAGUACACGGCAAUUGUGGGAGAGAAGGUAGUCCUGGUUUGUGAAGUAGCUCAGAGUACUGUAGAAGGAACAUGGUACAGAAAAGGACAGAAAGUAAAGCUGAAUAAGGCUGUAAAUGCUGAGUCAGAAGGUACUAUACGAAGACUGGUCAUUCACAAUGCAAAAUCUGGAGAUUCCGGGGCUUAUGUAUUUAAAACCAAAGAGGAUGAGAUCACCAUCAAUGUUGCUGUCAAAGAGCCGGAACCAGCAUUUAUCAAUAAAGAAUCAGUUCAGAAGGAGGUGAAGGUUCAAGCCUCAGAGAAUGCUGUUCUCAGCUGUGAAGUGACACAACUCAAAACUGAAGUCAAAUGGUCCAAAGACGGAAAAAUUCUUGCUCCCAGCCAAAAAGUUAAACUGGUUUCUGAAGGUAGAAUUAGAAAACUUAUUAUUCAGAAUGCAGAGCUGAAGAAUGGAGGCUGUUAUAUCUGUGAAACAGCUGGAGAGAAAUUGAUUUUCCAUAUUGAGGUUACAGAACAAAAAGCAGGGUUUUGCAAUACAGAUUUAAUUCAGAAGAAAGUGACAGUUCGGCAGUCAGAGAAUGCUACACUCCGGUGUGAAGUGUCACAGCCCAGAACAGAGGUAAAAUGGUUCAGAGGUGGAAAACUACUCAGUCAAAAUAAAAAAAUGAAACUUGAAUCUGAGGGUGUAUUUCGAAAGCUUAUCAUUCAUAAUGUGGAAUCAAAAGAUGGAGGUGAAUACACAUGUGAAGCCGGCGGAGAGAAACUGGUCUUCAAUGUUCAGGUUACAGAAAUAGUAACUGGAUUUGCAAAUAAAGAUAAAGUUCAGAAGGAGAUAAAGGUCCGUCAAUCAGAGAACGCAACUCUCAGCUGUGAAUUGGUACAAUCCAAAACUGAGGUCAAAUGGUUCAAAGAUGGAAAACUGCUCAGUCAGAGUAAAAAAAUGAAACUUGAAUCUGAGGGUGCAUUUCGAAAGCUUAUCAUUCAUAAUGUGGAAUCAAAGGAUGGAGGUGAAUACACAUGUGAAGCCGGCGGAGAGAAACUGGUCUUCAAUGUUCAGGUUACAGAAAUAGUAACUGGAUUUGCAAAUAAAGAUAAAAUUCAGAAGGAGAUAAAGGUCCGUCAAUCAGAGAACGCAACUCUCAGCUGUGAAUUGGUACAAUCCAAAACUGGGGUCAAAUGGUUCAAAGAUGGAAAACUGCUCAGUCAGAGUAAAAAAUUGAAACUUGAAUCUGAGGGUUCAUUUCGAAAGCUUAUCAUUCAUAAUGUGGAAUCAAAGGAUGGAGGUGAAUACACAUGUGAAGCUGGCGGAGAGAAACUGGUCUUCAAUGUUCAGGUUACAGAAAUAGUAACUGGAUUUGCAAAUAAAGAUAAAGUUCAGAAGGAGAUAAAGGUCCGUCAAUCAGAGAACGCAACUCUCAGCUGUGAGUUAUUACAAUCCAAAACUGAGGUCAAAUGGUUCAAAGAUGGAAAACUGCUCAGUCAGAGUAAAAAAAUGAAACUUGAAUCUGAGGGUGCAUUUCGAAAGCUUAUCAUUCAUAAUGUUGAAUCAAAAGAUGGAGGUGAAUACACAUGUGAAGCCGGCGGAGAGAAACUGGUCUUCAAUGUUCAGGUUACAGAAAUAGUAACUGGAUUUGCAAAUAAAGAUAAAGUUCAGAAGGAGAUAAAGGUCCGUCAGUCAGAGAACGCAACUCUCAGCUGUGAAUUGUCACAAUCCAAAACAGAGGUCAAAUGGUUCAAAGAUGGAAAACUGCUCAGUCAGAGUAAAAAAAUGAAACUUGAAUCCGAUGGUAAAAUUCGAAAGCUUAUCAUUCAUAAUGUUGAAUCAAAGGAUGGAGGUGAAUAUAUAUGUGAAGCCGCCGGAGAGAAACUGAGCUUUAAUGUUCAGGUUACAGAGCCAGAGCCAGAAUUUAUCAAUAAAGGAUCAGUUCAAAAGGAGGUGAAGGUUCAAGCCUCAGAAAAUGCUGUUCUUAGCUGUGAAGUAACGCACGUCAAAGCUGAGGUCAAAUGGUCCAAGAGUGGAAAAGUUCUCACUGAUAGCUCAAAAGUUAAACUUGUUUCCGAAGGCAAAGUUCGAAAACUAAUUAUUCAGAAUGCAGAGCCGAAGGACACAGGCAAUUAUAUCUGUGAAAUAGCUGGAGAGAAAUUAAUUUUCCAUAUUGAGGUUAAAGAAUUACCUAUAUUGUUCACAAAGAAGCUACAAAACGUAAAUGUACUGUGUAAUGCUACAGCUGUAUUUACAUGUGAAUUAAAUCAAGCAAAGGCUGAUGUCUUGUGGCGACGAAAUGGAAUAGAAAUCAACCCAAGCCUCAGAAUAAAAAUAAAGGCGGAUGGUCAGAAACGAAGUUUGACCAUUUCCAAAGUAACUGUUGAGGAUGAGGGGGAAUAUCUCUGUGAAUCUAAGGACGAUAUUACCACUGCUAAACUAACCACCAAGGUUCCAAAGAUUAUUAAGUUUGUAGAUGAGCUUCACAGUUUAGUAGCUGUAGAAGGAGAAGAUGCUGAAUUUAAAUGUACUGUGUCUCAUGAGGAAGCUACAGUGACCUGGUAUAAAAAUGGCAUCAAAAUUGAGUCAAGUGAAAAAUACAUAAUAUCACGUGAAAGAACGAACCACAAUCUGACCAUCAGAAGUCUUACAGUAGAGGAUGCAUGUGAAAUUACUGCACAAGUUGAAAAUGUAAAAACAACAGCUAACCUUCAAGUUCAAGAAGCUCCAGCCUUGUUUAAGAAGAAAUUGGAAAACAUAACUGUUGAAGAGAGACAGACAGCUAUUUUGGAAGUAGAACUCACAAAACCUUGCAGUGAUAUCAAGUGGAUGAAAAAUAAUGUCGUCAUCCAGCCUGAUGGUAAAAUAGACAUUACGGUGGAUGGAAACAAGCAAAUCCUUACUAUUAAAGAUGUGAGAUUAACUGACCGUGGUAAUUACACUUGUGAAACACUCCAUGAAAAGACAAAAGGAAGGUUAACUGUUGAAAUGAGAAAAAUUAAACUGAUCAAAGGAUUGGAAGAGGUGAAUGUGCAUGAGAAAGAAACUUGCACUUUUGAAGUUGAGCUGUCUCAUGAAGAAGUGGACGUAACCUGGUUGAAGGAUAAUAUCAGACUGAAAUCAGGUCCCAACUGCAAGAUUACUACACAGGGCAAGAAACAUGCUCUGACAUUGUCUGCUUUGAGAAUUGAGGAUUCAGGAGUAGUUAGUUUCAAAGCUGAAGGUAUACACACAUCUGGAAGACUCAAUGUAACAGAGCCUCUGGUGACCUUUGUUAAACUUUUAGAGGAUAUAAAAGUUCCAGAGAAAGAUAAAGUUGUUUUCGAAUGUGAACUGUCAAGGGCCAACGUAGAAGUUAAAUGGUUUAAGGACAAUGUGGAAAUUAAACCAGGGAAAGGAUAUAGUAUUAUAUCUAAAGGAAGGAAAAGGAGUCUUAUUAUUUAUCGAUGUGGACGUGAACACCAAGCACAAUACACAUGUGAUGCGGUGGAUUGCAAGUCAUCAGCCAUGCUCACUGUCCAUGCUCGUGACAUCAAAGUAGUCCGGCCUUUGGAAGAUCUUGAAGUGAUUGAACAGGAGAGUGCUGCCUUCUUAUGUGAAAUUUCACAUGACGAAGUUGAUUUUCAGUGGUUUAAGAACGACGUAAAAAUCAAGGCUGGAGACAAUGUGAAAUUACGUCAAGAAGGAAGGAGACAUAUUCUACUCUUUAAAUCAGUGAAGCCUGAAGAUGCUACAGAGAUAAAGUUUGUUGCUGAAAGUGCCACUUCCAGAGCUUUCCUUCGAAUUAAAGAAUUACCAGUUAAGAUUGUGAAACCCUUAAGAGAGAAAAUAGGCAUGGAGAAGCAUCGUGUCUUUUUUGAAUGCAAAGUUUCUAGAAAAAAUGCUGUGGUCAAAUGGUAUUACAAAGGAAAGGAGAUUCAUGCCAGUAAGAAGCACGAGAUUGUGAGUGAAGAUUUGUACAGGAAGCUCAUAAUUAAUAAUAUUGCUUUUGAAGAUGAAGGCAACUACACGUGUGAUGCUGUAGAUGACAAAAGUACUGCCAUGUUGUAUGUAGAAGAGCAAUCAAUUUCCAUCAUUAAGACAAUAUCUGAUGUGGAAGUGACUGAGCCAAACGACGCCAGAUUUGAAUGUGAGCUUUCAGUUGCUGACAUAAAACCUCCAAAAUGGAUACUAAACGGUGAAAUACUUCAUCCUUCUAAAAAUGUGGACAUUGAGCAUUGUGGCACUAUUCACCGCCUUAUCCUGAAAAAUACAUCUUGCAAGAUGACCGGCAUAGUACAAUUUAUUGCUGGGAAAUCAAAAUCUGAAGCAAGGUUAACCAUUAAAGAGCCUCCAUCAAAGGUAGUGAGAGAACUACAGAACAUAACAGUGGAAGAGAGGAAGUCUGUUACUUUGAUCUGCGAGUUUACACCUACUCCCAAGGUGGUUAGGUGGUACAAAGACCAGAGCUUAAUUGAAUCUUCUGACAGAUUCAAAUUCAAGCAAGUUCAGAAUGUGGUAGAACUCUCGAUCUCAAAUCUCAGCCCUGAAGAUUCUGGUAAAUAUAGCUGCAAGUCAAGUAAUGCACAGACCACCGCCACACUCACAGUUGAAGCUUUAAAAAUAGAAAUAACAAAACACUUGGAGGAUGUAGAUACUGAAGAGGAGAGCAAUCUUGUAUAUUCAUGUGAGUUGUCCCAUGAUAUUGAUGAAGUACAGUGGUAUCUAAAUGAUACUCCCUUAUUCUCAAAUGACUUCAAUGAGAUAAAGAAAAAAGGAAAGAGACACACAUUAAUUUUGAAAAAUGUAACACCGGAAGAUACAGGAACAGUAAUGCUGAAAGCUAGAAAUGUGACAGAAACAGCGCAGCUGAAUGUACGAGAAAAGCCUGUGGUUUUCAUGAAAUCUUUGGAUGACGUUGCUGGGGAGGAAAGAGGAAUGAUUACACUGGAGUGUGAAGUAUCUAAACCCAAGGUCAAUCCCGUCUGGAAAAAAGAUGAUGUGGUUCUUGGUUCAAGUGACAAAUAUGAACUACUGCAGGCUGGAAAAACACUUUGUCUUAUAGUACAUGACCUGAAUAAAGGUGACGCAGGAGUGUAUACUUGUGACAUAGGCAGUGAUAAAGCAAAUGCAAAAGUCACUAUACAAGAUCUAGAUAUUGGAAUCACAAAGCGGCUAAAAAGCACAGAGAUUAAAGAGGGAGAAAGUGGAUCUUUUGAAUGUAUACUUUCUCAUGAAAGCAUUGAUGAACAUUACUGGACUGUCAAUGGGCAGUUAGUGAAAGGCAAUGAACGGUUUGAAGCAUUUAAUAUUGGUCGAAAGUAUAUACUCAGCAUUAAGGAAGCAGCUCUUUCAGAUGCAGGUGAAGUUGUUUUCAAUGUGCGGAAUCUCAAAUCUAAAGCUUCCUUGAUGGUAAAAGAAAAAUCAACUGAAAUCAUAAAGCAGCUUGAGGACAUGGUGACAAUAGCAAGUGAAGAUAUUGUACUGUGCUGCGAAACCUCUAAGCCUGAUUCUUCAAUUAAGUGGUUUAAGGAUGGCAAGAUAAUUAGAAAGAGCACUAAGUAUGAAGUAUCUCAUCAUGGAACUGUAAGCCAAUUGAUAAUCCAUCAAACUACUACAAAAGAUUCUGGAGAGUAUGAAUGCAGAACAGAGGUUUCUAAUUCUAAAGCCACUGUCACGGUAAAAGAAGUUGUAAAUCGAUUUGUCAAGGAAUUACAUGACAUUAAAACCGAAGAGAAAGGAUUUGUAAUUUUUGAGUGUGAAACUGAACAGCCAGCAGACAGGGCUGUCUGGAGAAAAGGGAUGGCAGAAAUAAAGUCGAGCAAGAAGUAUGAGAUGAAACAGAAGGGCAGUUUACUAAGCCUUAAAAUUAAUCAGCUAGAGAAAAUUGAUAGUGACCACUACACAUGUGACAUUGGUAAUGCACAGUCAAGAGCUCUGCUGUCGGUUGCAGCUGUGCCUACGAUCUUCAAGCAAAAACUUAAGGAUGAAGAAGCUCAAGAAGAUGCUACUACCACAUUGCGUUGUGAAAUUAACAAACCAGAAGCAGUGGUGCAGUGGAAGAAAGGAUCCACUCUACUUCGCCCAAGUGCCAAAUAUGAAAUGAGGCAAAAGGGAUGCAUUCUUGAGUUGGUUAUUCACAACCUCACACCACAAGAUGGUGGAAGAUACAGCUGUGAUAUUGGUGAUCAGCAUACUAGUGCUUCCUUGAAAAUUAACGCAAUUCCAGUGCUUUUCAAACAGGAGCUUCAGAACAAGGAAGCAGAGGAGGGCACCACCAUCACUUUGCAUUGUGAGUUAACAAAGUCAAAUGCUUCUGUGGAGUGGAGAAGAGGAACUGUGGUGCUUCAUUCCAGUGACAAGUAUAAAAUAAAGAAAAGUGGUCCUAUAAAUGAAUUGUUAAUCUGGGAUCUGAAACCAGAAGAUUCAGGAGACUAUACCUGUGAUUCUGGAGAUCAGCAGAGUACAGCCUCUCUUAAAGUGAAAGCACUUCCGGUAUUUUUCAAGACAAAGCUUCAGAAUAAGGAGUUUAAAGAAGGGAAUAUUGCUACAUUUCAUUGUGAGCUGACAAAACCAGAUGCUCCUGUAAAGUGGAAGAAAGGAUCUGUCCUCCUUGAUUCCAGUGGAAAAUACGAAAUGAAGCAAAAAGGUUCCAGGGUUGAGCUGAUCAUUCAUGACUUGAAACUUGAAGAUGCAGGAGAAUAUAGUUGUGACUCAGGGGAUGAACAGACAACAGCCUCCUUAAAAGUAAAAGCCCUGCCUGUGCAUUUUAAAAAGCCUCUUAAGAAUAUGGAAGCAAAAGAGGAAAGUACUGCCAAACUUUGUUGUGAGCUUACCAAGCCAGAUCAUCCAGUGAAAUGGAGGAAAGAAUCUACUUUGCUUCAUCCAAGUGACAAAUAUGAAAUAAUGCAAAUGGGUGCCACUGUUGAAUUGCAUAUUCACAAUCUAAAAGUUGAAGACUCUGGAGAAUAUACCUGUGACUCUGGUGACCAAAGGACAAAGAGUUGCUUAAAAGUAAUUGCCUUGCCUGUACUUUUCAAGAAAGAGCUUUGCAGUCAGGAAGUUGAGGAAAACUGCACUGCUACUCUGUACUGUGAAGUCACCAAACCGGAUGCCCCCAUCAAAUGGAAAAAAGGAUCCAGGCUGAUUCGUGCAAGUGACAAGUUUGAAAUGAAUCAAAAAGGUCCUUGCAUUAAAUUGCUUAUUCACAAAGUCAAACUUGAAGAUGCUGGAGAAUAUACCUGUGAUUCUGGAGAUCAACAGACCACUACCUCCUUAAAAGUUAAGGCCCUUCCUGUGCGUUUCAAAAAAGAGCUUCAGAAUAUGGAAGCUGAAGAGGACAGUACUGUCUCUCUGCGAUGUGAAAUCUCCAAACCAGAUGCUCCAGUGGAAUGGAGAAAGGGAUCUGUGGUGCUUCAUCCAAGUGAGAAGCAUGUAAUGAAACAAAAGGGUUCCUGUGUGGAGUUGAUCAUUCACAGCCUAAAAGUUGAAGAUGCUGGAGAAUAUACCUGCGAUUCAGGCGAUCAGAAAACAUCAGGCUUUCUAAAAGUGAAGGCCCUUCCUGUGCGUUUCAAAAAAGAGCUUCAGAAUAAGGAAGCUGAAGAGGAUAGUACUGUUUCUCUGCGAUGUGAAAUCUCCAAACCAGAUGCUCCAGUGGAAUGGAGAAAGGGAUCUGUGGUGCUUCAUCCAAGUCAGAAGCAUGAAAUGAAACAAAAGGGUUCCUGUGUGGAGUUGAUCAUUCACAGUCUAAAAGUUGAAGAUGCUGGAGAGUAUACCUGCGAUUCAAGGGACCAGAAAACAUCAGGCUUUCUAAAAGUGAAGGCCCUUCCUGUGCGUUUCAAAAAAGAGCUUCAGAAUAAGGAAGCUGAAGAGGACAGUACUGUCUCUCUGCGAUGUGAAAUCUCCAAACCAGAUGCUCCAGUGGAAUGGAGAAAGGGAUCUGUGGUGCUUCAUCCAAGUGAGAAGCAUGAAAUGAAACAAAAGGGUUCCUGUGUGGAGUUGAUCAUUCACAGCCUAAAAGUUGAAGAUGCUGGACAAUAUACCUGCGAUUCCGGGGAUCAGAAAACAUCAGGCUUUCUAAAAGUGAAGGCCCUUCCUGUGCGUUUCAAAAAAGAGCUUCAGAAUAAGGAAGCUGAAGAGGACAGUACUGUCUCUCUGCGCUGUGAAAUCUCCAAACCAGAUGCUCCAGUGGAAUGGAGAAAGGGAUCUGUGGUGCUUCGUCCAAGUGAGAAGCAUGAAAUGAAACAAAAGGGUUCCUGUGUGGAGUUGAUCAUUCACAGCCUAAAAGUUGAAGAUGCUGGAGAGUAUACCUGCGAUUCAGGGGAUCAGAAAACAUCGAGCUUUCUAAAAGUGAAGGCCCUUCCUGUGCAUUUCAAAAAAGAGCUUCAGGAUCAAGAAGCUGAAGAGGACAGUACUGUCUCCCUGCGAUGUGAAAUCUCCAAACCAGAUGCUCCAGUGGAAUGGAGAAAGGGAUCUGUGGUGCUUCAUCCAAAUGAGAAGCAUGUAAUGAAACAAAAGGGUUCCUGUGUGGAGUUGAUCAUUCAUAGCCUAAAAGUUGAAGAUGCUGGAGAGUAUACCUGCGACUCCAAGGAUCAGAAAACAUCAGGCUUUCUAAAAGUGAAGGCCCUUCCUGUGCGUUUCAAAACAGAGCUUCAGAAUAAGGAAGCUGAAGAGGACAGUACUGUCUCUCUGCGAUGUGAAAUCUCCAAACCAGAUGCUCCAGUGGAAUGGAGAAAGGGAUCUGUGGUGCUUCAUCCAAGUGAGAAGCAUGAAAUGAAACAAAAGGGUUCCUGUGUGGAGUUGAUCAUUCACAGCCUAAAAGUUGAAGAUGCUGGAGAGUAUACCUGCGAUUCCGGGGAUCAGAAAACAUCAGGCUUUCUAAAAGUGAAGGCCCUUCCUGUGCACUUCAAAAAAGAGCUUCAGAAUCAAGAAGCUGAAGAGGACAGUACUGUCUCUCUGCGAUGUGAAAUCUCCAAACCAGGUGUUCCAGUGGAAUGGAGAAAGGGAUCUGUGGUGCUUCAUCCAAGUGAGAAGCAUGAAAUGAAACAAAAGGGUUCCUGUGUGGAGUUGAUCAUUCACAGCCUAAAAGUUGAAGAUGCUGGAGAGUAUACCUGCGAUUCCGGGGAUCAGAAAACAUCAGGCUUUCUAAAAGUGAAGGCACUUCCUGUACAUUUCAAAAAAGAGCUUCAGAAUAAGGAAGCUGAAGAGGAUAGUACUGUCUCUCUGCGAUGUGAAAUCUCCAAACCAGAUGCUCCAGUGGAAUGGAGAAAGGGAUCUGUGGUGCUUCAUCCAAGUGAGAAGCAUGAAAUGAAACAAAAGGGUUCCUGUGUGGAGUUGAUCAUUCACAGCCUAAAAGUUGAAGAUGCUGGAGAGUAUACCUGCGACUCCAGGGAUCAGAAAACAUCAGGCUUUCUAAAAGUGAACGCCCUUCCUGUGCGUUUCAAAAAAGAGCUUCAGAAUAAGGAAGCUGAAGAGGAUAGUACUGUCUCUCUGCGAUGUGAAAUCUCCAAACCAGAUGCUCCAGUGGAAUGGAGAAAGGGAUCUGUGGUGCUUCAUCCAAGUGAGAAGCAUGAAAUGAAACAAAAGGGUUCCUGUGUGGAGUUGAUCAUUCACAGCCUAAAAGUUGAAGAUGCUGGAGAGUAUACCUGCGACUCCAGGGAUCAGAAAACAUCAGGCUUUCUAAAAGUGAAGGCCCUUCCUGUGCGUUUCAAAAAAGAGCUUCAGAAUCAAGAAGCUGAAGAGGACAGUACUGUCUCCCUGCAAUGUGAAAUCUCCAAACCAGGUGCUCCAGUGGAAUGGAGAAAGGGAUUUGUGGUGCUUCAUCCAAGUGAGAAGCAUGAAAUGAAACAAAAGGGUUCCUGUCUGGAUUUGAUCAUUCACAGCCUAAAAGUUGAAGAUGCUGGAGAGUAUACCUGCGAUUCAGGGGAUCAGAAAACAUCAGGCUUUCUAAAAGUGAAGGCACUUCCUGUACGUUUCAAAAAAGAGCUUCAGAAUAAGGAAGCUGAAGAGGAUAGUACUGUCUCUCUGCGAUGUGAAAUCUCCAAACCAGAUGCUCCAGUGGAAUGGAGAAAGGGAUCUGUGGUGCUUCAUCCAAGUCAGAAGCAUGAAAUGAAACAAAAGGGUUCCUGUGUGGAGUUGAUCAUUCACAGCCUAAAAGUUGAAGAUGCUGGAGAGUAUACCUGCGACUCCAAGGAUCAGAAAACAUCAGGCUUUCUAAAAGUGAAGGCCCUUCCUGUGCAUUUCAAAAAAGAGCUUCAGAAUCAAGAAGCUGAAGAGGACAGUACUGUCUCCCUGCGAUGUGAAAUCUCCAAACCAGGUGCUCCAGUGGAAUGGAGAAAGGGAUCUGUGGUGCUUCAUCCAAGUCAGAAGCAUGAAAUGAAACAAAAGGGUUCCUGUGUGGAGUUGAUCAUUCACAGCCUAAAAAUUGAAGAUGCUGGAGAGUAUACCUGCGAUUCAGGCGAUCAGAAAACAUCAAGCUUUCUAAAAGUGAAGGCCCUUCCUGUGCGUUUCAAAAAAGAGCUUCAGAAUAAGGAAGCUGAAGAGGACGGUACCAUCUCUCUGCGAUGUGAAAUCUCCAAACCAGAUGCUCCAGUGGAAUGGAGAAAAGGAUCUGUGGUGCUUCGUCCAAGUGUGAAGCAUGAAAUGAAACAAAAGGGUUCCUGUGUGGAGUUGAUCAUUCACAGACUAAAAGUUGAAGAUGCUGGAGAAUAUACCUGCGAUUCAGGCGAUCAGAAAACAUCAGGCUUUCUAAAAGUGAAGGCCCUUCCUGUGCGUUUCAAAAAAGAGCUUCAGAAUAAGGAAGCUGAAGAGGACAGUACUGUCUCUCUGCGAUGUGAAAUCUCAAAACCAGAUGCUCCAGUGGAAUGGAGAAAGGGAUCUGUGGUGCUUCAUCCAAGUCAGAAGCAUGAAAUGAAACAAAAGGGUUCCUGUGUGGAGUUGAUCAUUCACAGCCUAAAAGUUGAAGAUGCUGGAGAGUAUACCUGCGAUUCAGGAGAUCAGAAAACAUCAGGCUUUCUAAAAGUGAAGGCCCUUCCUGUGCGUUUCAAAAAAGAGCUUCAGGAUAAGGAAGCUGAAGAGGACAGUACUGUCUCUCUGCGAUGUGAAAUCUCCAAACCAGAUGCUCCAGUGGAAUGGAGAAAGGGAUCUGUGGUGCUUCAUCCAAGUCAGAAGCAUGAAAUGAAACAAAAGGGUUCCUGUGUGGAAUUGAUCAUUCACAGCCUAAAAGUUGAAGAUGCUGGAGAGUAUACCUGCGAUUCCAGGGAUCAGAAAACAUCAGGCUUUCUAAAAGUGAAGGCCCUUCCUGUGCAUUUCAAAAAAGAGCUUCAGAAUAAGGAAGCUGAAGAGGACAGUACUGUCUCUCUGCGAUGUGAAAUCUCAAAACCAGAUGCUCCAGUGGAAUGGAGAAAGGGAUCUGUGGUUCUUCAUCCAAGUGAGAAGCAUGAAAUGAAACAAAAGGGUUCCUGUCUGGAUUUGAUCAUUCACAGCCUAAAAGUUGAAGAUGCUGGAGAGUAUACCUGCGAUUCAGGGGAUCAGAAAACAUCAGGCUUUCUAAAAGUGAAGGCCCUUCCUGUGCGUUUCAAAAAAGAGCUUCAGAAUAUGGAAGCUGAAGAGGACAGUACUGUCUCUCUGCAAUGUGAAAUCUCAAAACCAGAUGCUCCAGUGGAAUGGAGAAAGGGAUCUGUGGUUCUUCAUCCAAGUGAGAAGCAUGAAAUGAAACAAAAGGGUUCCUGUGUGGAGUUGAUCAUUCAUAGCCUAAAAGUUGAAGAUGCUGGAGAGUAUACCUGCGAUUCCGGGGAUCAGAAAACAUCAGGCUUUCUAAAAGUGAAGGCCCUUCCUGUGAGUUUCAAAAAAGAGCUUCAAAAUAAGGAAGCUGAAGAGGACAGUAUUGUCUCUCUGCAAUGUGAAAUUUCAAAAGCAGAUGCUCCAGUGGAAUGGAGAAAGGGAUCUGUGGUUCUUCAUCCAAGUGAGAAGCAUGAAAUGAAACAAAAGGGUUCCUGUGUGGAGUUGAUCAUUCACAGCCUAAAAGUUGAAGAUGCUGGAGAGUAUACCUGCGAUUCCGGGGAUCAGAAAACAUCAGGCUUUCUAAAAGUGAAAGCCCUUCCUGUGCUUUUCAAACUAAAGCUUCAGAACAAGGAAGCUGAAGAGGGUUCUACUGCUGUUCUGCACUGUGAGAUAACUAAACCAGAUGCCCAAGUGGAGUGGAAGAAAGGGGCUAUAGUACUUCAUUUAAGUGAGAAGCAUGAAAUAAAGCAAAGGGGUUCCCACGUUGAGUUACUUAUUCAUAAUUUAAAACCUGAAGAUGCUGGAAAAUAUACCUGUCUGACAAGGGACCAAGAAACAAGUGCAUCUUUAAAAGUGAAGGUCCUGCCUGUGCUUAUCAAAGAAGAGCUUAAGAAUGUGGAAGCUGAAGAAGAUAGUACUGCUACUUUUCAUUGUCUGAUUAGUAAACCAGAUGCUCCAGUAAAAUGGAGAAAAGAAUCAAUGCUACUUCAUCCAUGUAAAAAGUAUGAAAUGAAGCAGAAAGAUCUUUCUGUUGAGCUGCUAAUUCACAACCUAAAACUAGAAGAUGCUGGUGAAUAUUCCUGUGAAUCAGGAAAUCAGAAAACUACAGCCUCCUUAAAAGUGAAAGCGCUGCCACUACUUUUCAAACAAGAACUUAAGGAUGAGGAAGCUGAAGAGGGUGGCACUGCCGCUCUACAUUGUGAGGUUAAUAAUCCUGAUGCACCCGUAAAAUGGAGAAAGGGAUCCUUGGUACUUCACCCAAGUGACAAGUAUGAGAUGAAGCAAGAAGGAUCAAGUGUUGAUUUGCUUAUUCAUAGCCUAAAGCCUGAAGAUGGUGGUGACUAUACCUGUUAUUCUGGUGAUCAACAAACCACUGCCUCUUUAACAGUGAAGGCAACACCUGUGGUUUUUAAACAAGAACUUCAUAAUGAAGAAGCUGAAGAGAGCAGUACUGCUGUUCUGCAGUGUGAAGUUAAUAGGCCUAAUGCCUCAGUAGAAUGGAGAAAAGGAUCAAUAUUACUUCAUGCCAGUAACAAGUACACAUUAAAACAAGAAGGAACAAGCAUUAAGUUGUUCAUUCACAACCUGAAGCUGGAAGAUGCUGGUGAAUAUACUUGUGAUUCUGGAGAUCAACAGACUACAUCUUCAUUAAAAGUAAAGGCUUUGCCUGUGCUUUUCAAGAAAGGGCUUCAAAACAUGGAAGCUGAAGAGAAUAGUUCAGUUAUUCUGCGCUGUGAACUCACUAAACCUGAUGUUCCAGUGGAAUGGAGAAAAUAUUCAGUGGUACUUACUCCAAGUGACAAGUAUGAUCUGGUGCAAAAAGGUUCCUGCGCUGAAUUGAUUAUUCGCAACAUAAAACCAGAAGAUGAAGGGGAAUAUAUUUGUGAUUCGGGAGAUCAGCAGACUUCUGCGUCUUUGAAAGUGAAGGUCUUGCCUGUGCUUUUUAAACAAGAACUUGAGGACAUCGAAGCCGAUGAGAAUGGUACGGCUAUUUUGUGCUGUGAGCUAUCUAAACCUGGUGCCUCAGUGGAAUGGAGGAAAGGCAUUGUGGCGCUUCAUUCAAGUGAUAAGUAUGAAAUGAAGCAUGAAGAUUCCUGUGUUCAGCUGUUUAUACACAAUCUAAAACUAGAAGAUCAGGGAGAAUACAUCUGCGACUCAGGGGACCGGCAGACCAGUGCAUUUCUAAAAGUAAAGGCUUUACCAGUACUUUUCAAACAAGAACUUCAGAAUGUGGAAGCCAAAGAGGGUAGUAUAGCCAGACUAUACUGUGUGCUUACCAAACCUGAUACAGCAGUGGAAUGGCAAAAGGAAUCAGUGGCACUGGUGCCGUGUGGGAAGUAUGAAAUGAAACAGCAAGGUCCCAACAUUGAGCUGUUAAUCCAUGAUGUGGAACCAGAAGAUGCUGGUGACUAUACUUGUGAUUCUGGGGAUAAACGAUCAACAGCACAUUUAAAAGUGAAAGCAUUGCCUGUGCUCUUCAAAAAAGAGCUGCAGAAUGAGGAAACUGAAGAGGGUAAUCUAGUCACAUUUCGUUGUGAGCUUACAAAGUCUGGUGCACCAGUCAAAUGGAAAAAAGGAUCAAAAAUACUUCAUCCCAGCAGCAAGUAUGAAAUGAAACAAGUUGGUACAGUUGUUGAAUUAUCAAUCCACAAUGUCAAUACAGAAGAUACAGGUAAAUACACCUGUGAUUCCGGGGACCAGCAAACUGAUGGCUACUUGAAAGUUAAUGUUGCACCAAUAAUUCUGAUGAAAGAACUUCAGAACCAAGAGGUUGAAGAGCAUGGGAUGGCAAUCCUACAUUGUGAACUGUCUCAACCUAAAGUGCCUGUGAAGUGGAGGAAAGGAUCUCUUUUGAUCACUUCAAAUGAAAAAUACACAAUAAAACAGGAAGGUUGUGCACAAAUGUUACAGAUUCAUGACUUGGAAUCAGCAGAUGCUGGAGAGUAUUUCUGCUGCUUUGGGGAUCAGCAAACUACAGCUUGUAUAACUGUGAAAGUCUUGCCAGUACUUUUCAAACGAUGGCUUAAAAAUGAAGAAGCAGAAGAAGGCCAGUCUGCCCUACUGCACUGUGAGCUUACUAAACCUGAUGCCUCUGUAGAAUGGAGAAAGGGACCUGAGGUACUUAAACCAAAUGACAAGUAUGAAAUGAAGCAGAAUGGCCCCAUUGUUGAAUUAGUAAUUCACAACCUGAAGCUAGAAGAUGCUGGGGAAUAUACUUGUGAUUCUGGGGACCAACAGACUACUGCUUCCUUGACAGUCAGAGAGCCAGAUGUAAAAAUUGUUGAUGGUUUGAAAAAUGUGGACGUGUUUGAAGGUGAAGAUGCCUUGUUUGAAUGUAAGCUGUCUCACGAAAAUGCUCGAGGUGUUCAAUGGAUUUUGGGAGGAAUUGAACUGCAGAAUAACGAAAUGAAUGAAAUUUCAGUAAAGAAUGGCAAUAUUCACACUAUUCUUUUGAGGAAAAUUUCACAAGAUGAUGCUGGUUCUAUGACCUUUAAAGUUGGAAAGUACAUAUCUGCAGCUCAGCUUAAUGUCAAAGCAACUCCAGCAACUUUCACUAAACAGCUCCAUAGUAUGGAAGUGGAUGAAAUGGAAACAGCAACUUUGCUCUGUGAACUUUCACAGUCGAAUGUUCCAGUUAUUUGGAAAAAAGGAUUAACAACAAUUUUUCCAGGUGAUAAGUAUGAAAUUAAACAGGAAGGUUGCAUACAUAAGUUAUGCAUACACAACCUAAUAUCAGGGGACUCAGGUGAAUAUACCUGUAUAUGUGGCGAUCAUCAGACCGCAGCUUCCUUAACUGUGAAAGAAUCCGAAGUAAAAAUUGUUGAAGGCCUGAAGGAUGUAACGGUUUUUGCCAAUGAAAAUGCUGUGUUUGAAUGCAAAGUUCAUCCUGAAAAUUUCUCUGAUGUACAAUGGUGGUUAAGUGACACUCCUUUGCAGCACAAUGAAAUGAAUGAAAUAUCUGUUAAAGAUGGACACAUUCACAUUUUGAAGCUGAAUAGUGUUACCCAGGAAGACUGUGGUACAGUUACAAUUAAAGUUGGAAAAACCAGUUCCUCUGCAAAACUUCUAGUAAAAGCUGCACCUGUUCAGUUUGUAAAGAAACUACAAAACCAGAAGGGUGAUGAAGGAAGUCUGAUAUCACUACAUUGUGAACUGAAUCAAGCUGGUGCACCAGUCACAUGGAAAAGAGGGUCUCAAAAACUAAGUCAAAGUGACAAAUAUGAACUAUUACAAGAUGGUUUUGUUGUUGAAUUAUUGAUCCAUAAUCUGAAGCUUGAAGAUGCUGGCGAAUACACUUGUGAUUCCGAUGAUGACCAGACAAAAGCUAAUUUGUCUGUGAAAGAACGCAUAAGAAUUAUUCGUGGGCUUGAAGAUACAACUAUAGUUGAGCAAAACAAUGUGAGAUUCGUAUGUGAGACUUCUCAAGAAGAUAUUAAAAAUGCUCAGUGGUGGUUAGGUGGAAAACUACUUCAAAGUAAUGAAUGCUGUGUCAUCAAAGUUACUGAUAAGAUACACACUUUGAUAUUGAAAAAUGUCACACCUGAUAAUUCCGGAACUAUUAUGUUCAAAGUUGGCUCUGAAAGUUCAACAGCUAAGCUGGUAGUGCAAGAAAAGCCUAAAGUCAUUUUCAAACAAAAUCUUCAGAACAUACAAGCAAAUGAGGAAAGUACAGUUUUCCUUCGUUGUGAACUUUUUGAAUGCGAAGUGCCUGUAACAUGGAAGAAAGGCUCAAUAACAAUUAAACCUAGUAGUAAAUAUGAAAUGAGGCAGCAAGAUUCAGUGGCCGAGUUGGUGAUUUCUGACUUAACUUUGGAGGAUGCCGGAGAAUAUUCUUGUGAAUCUGGAGAUCAGAAGACUAGUGCUUCCCUCAAAGUGGAAGCUUUACCUGCCUAUUUCAAACAAGAGCUACAGAAUGUGGAAGCAGUUGAGGGGCACACAGCUAAUCUACGCUGUGAACUUUCUAAACCCACUGCUACUGUUGAAUGGAGAAAGAGACUUCUUGUGCUUCAUCCAAGUGACAAGUAUGAAAUGAGCCAAAAAGGUGCCACCGUUGAGCUGUUAAUUCAUAAUGUGAAACCAGGAGAUGCCGGCAAAUAUACUUGUUAUUGUGGGAAACAUCAAACAACAGCUUCCUUGACUGUUAGAGACCGUGAAGUAAAGAUAGUUUCUGGUUUAAAAAACAGUGAUGUCUUUGCCGGUGAGUCAGCCACAUUUGAAUGUGAGCUCUCACAGAAGGAUGUGGAAAAUACGCAGUGGUGGCUGGAUGGUUCACCCCUUCAGAAUAAUGAUCUGAAUGAGAUAUCUGUUCGAAAUGGAAAUAUUCACACAUUAACGCUACAAGGCCUGGGAACUGAUGACUCAGGAACAGUAACGUUUAAGGCUGGGGCUCUUACUUCUUCAGCAAAGUUAUUAGUUAAAGAUCCAACGGUUGAGGUAGUAAGCGAAAUGGAAGAUAUUACUAGAGAGGAGCAUGACACAGCAGAGUUGAUCUGUCAGUACUCCAGACCAGUCAAAGCUGUGUGGAAAAGAAAUGACAAAGAGAUUCAGCCUGAUGGUCAUCACAUAAUUAUUGACCAAGACUGGAAUGUAGCAAAGCUGAAAAUCUGUGAAGUCACCCCAGCGGACAGUGGGAUGUAUACUUGUGAAGCAGCUGGAACAAAGGUUACAGCAGUGCUCAGUGUUCUAGCAAAGCAACCUGAUAUUCUUGAAGGACUAGAGAACGUAGAUACAGUAGAAGGUGGUGAAGCUCUGUUUGAAUGCUCCUUGUCCAAGCCAGAAGUAAAUGAUUAUAUGUGGCUGGUGGACGAUGUUCCUGUAACACAGUCUGAGAAGCUAGAAACUGCAGUGCUCGAAGCUGGAAGGCGACACAUCUUACUGUUAAAGAACUUAGUUCCAUCUGAUAGUUGCCGAGUGAGCUUCAUGUCUGGAAAUGCCAUGUCCUCAGCGUAUUUAAAUGUUAAAGGAUGGCAUAUUAACAUUUUGAACACUUUGAGAGAUACUGAAGUGGUCCAAGGCGAUCAUACAGAAUUUGAAUGUGUAUUGAGUGAAGUGGUCCCUAUUACCGAAGUGAGCUGGUAUCUGAAUGAAGCCGAUAUCAAAACUGAUGAGCACUGGGAAACAAAGGCAGAACGAAAUACUUACAAACUCAUACUGAAAAACGCCCAACUUAUUCAUUCUGGAGAAAUUACUUUUGCUUCAAGAGAUGUUAUUGCGUCAGCAAAAAUAACUGUUAUUGGUCCUCCUGGUCCUCCUGAUGGUCCAGAAGUUGUCAGAAAGAACCACCAGUCUGUCACCUUGUCUUGGUUAACACCACUAAGUGAUGGUGGCAGUGUUAUACAAGGCUAUCAUGUUGAGAUGAAACCUUCUGACAGUGACUGCUGGUUGCCGUGUAACACAAAUGUAGUUGAAGAGACAGAAUUCACUGUUGAUAAUCUGAUACCAGGCGCUAGUUACAGAUUCCGCGUUUCAGCUCUGAACCGUGCUGGUGCUGGCGAACCUAUACAUUUGCCACAGACAGUUCUGCUGGAGGUUCCUGUGACUGUCACCAUUCCUCUCACUAACAUUACUGCAAUAAAUGGAGAGUCUGUCAAGCUCGAGUGUGAAUUUUCCAGAGAAUGCAUUAAUGCAUCAUGGCUAAAGAAUGAUCAGCCCAUUAAAACAAGCAGCAAGAAUGAAAUAAUUUCUGAAGGAACAAAACACUGUCUUAUUAUUCACAAUUGCAGUGCUGAGGAUGAAGGGAGAUACACCUGUAUGGCAACCUCAGAUACUAAAACAUCUGCUGAAGUCACCUUGGAUGAUACCAAAAAGCCUGUUCCAGAUCAGGACUGGGAAAUUCUACAGGAGGCUGAUAAAGUUACAGUUGAAGUAAUAGAUGGGGAGGAAGUUACUCCCAAACCAAGCUUGCCACCUGAGGCAGCACAGGAAGGUGAUCUACAUCUUCUUUGGGAAGCCUUGGCAAAAAAACGAAGAAUGAGCCGAGAACCAACUCUUGAUUCUAUCAGCGAAGUACCAGAAGAAGAUGACAAAGCUCUAAAACAACGGCUGCGGAAAGGUUUGGAGACUGAAGAAUUAUCUACAGAUGACAUGUCUAGAGCAUGUGAUUCUUACACAAGCUCUGACGAAGAGUCAAGAUCAGGUACUCCAUCCCUUGUUCAUUACCUGAAAACAGCAGGACAGUCAACCAUAACAAUAGCAGGAAAAGUACAAACUAUUUCUACAAGCAAACUUUUUAAACACUGGGAAUCUACAGACGCUGAGUCUGAGAAAUUGAAAGAUGAACCUGUUUUGGAAGAAGAUCCAUCUCUCGCUGAAGCUGCAACAAAAAUCCAAGCUGCAUUUAAGGGUUAUAAAAUCAGGAAGGAACUGAGACAGCAAGACAUACCUGUGUUUGGAGAAGUUUUUAAACCUCAGACAAUUGAGCUGGGCCAAACUAUCCAUCUUGAUUGUGUGGCCCUGAGCAAAUCUGAAGUCAAAGUUCGAUGGCUGAAAGAUGGGGAAGAGCUUGUUGAUGGAAGACAUUAUCAUAUUGAUAAUUACAGUGAUGGAGCCUGUUCUUUAAUUAUUACAGGUGUGGAAGAAAAAGACUCUGGAACGUAUACUUGUGAGGCUUCUAACAAAUUUGGCACAACUUCUCACAGUGGAAAAGUUAAGGUUGUAAGUGAAGCGAUGGAAACCGUUAAGAAGCUUACACAAGGCAUCGGUAUAAAGUACAGCACUGAUAGCGAACCUGAAAGUUCUUCAGGAAGUGAGGUUGAUGAUGCUUUCCGUAGGGCGGGUAAACGACUUCACAGACUGCUGCGUUCAAAACUACCUCUUGAAAUUUCUGAUGUGGAUGAAGAAUUUUUUUUCAGUGCUGAUGAAGGAGAUGAAGAAAUUUUGGACAGACAGACCUACCAUGAGGAUGAAAAUUAUAUUUAUAUUAAGUUUGAUACCUUAACUGAGGCAGAAGUGGCUGCUGCCAGGUUUAAAGAGAUAUUUAUUGGCCAGGGAAUUCAUGUUCAAAUUGAUAUUUGCCAAGACAAUGAUAGGGUUGAGAUACGGAUUAAGAAGGUUUCGCGGUCUGCUGGUGCAUUUGGAGAAGACCAUACACCCAUACAAAAGGGACCGCAAAUUGAGUCUGCACCCCAUGUUGUAUCUGAGCUCCAGAACCAGGAUGUUCAGGAAGGCUACCCUGUUAGUUUUGAUUGCAUGAUAACUGGAUAUCCACCUCCCGUCGUACAAUGGUUUAAGGACGGAAAGCUGAUUGAGGAGAAUGACCACUACAUGAUCAAUGAAGAUCAAGAUGGGUGUCACCAACUCAUCUUAACAUCUGUAAUUCUGAGAGAUAUGGGAGUGUAUCGAUGUGUGGCAGAAAACUACAUUGGAGUUGCGUCAACAAAGGCUGAACUAAGAGUCGAUGUUUCUAGCUCAGACUACGACACAGCAGAAGCCACUGAGACAUCUUCUUAUGUCAGUGCCCAAGCUUCCCUCACACGUGAGCAGAACUUAGAAGGUAUGGAAUCACAGGCUGAAGAAGAACAGCUGCCUCAGAUUGUAGAAGAGCUGCACGAUACCUUUGUUACUGUUGGAGCUCCAAUAAUAAAAUUGCAAAUUAAAGUUAAAGGUUAUCCAGUCCCUCGUGUAUAUUGGUUUAAAGAUGGAAUACCUCUGCAUGCUACAGAUGGAAUUCUGAUGACUGAUGAUAAAGGAGAUCAUUCCCUAGAAAUUCUCAAUGUUACAAAAGAAGCUGGCGGUGAAUAUGCAGCAUACAUCAGCAAUUCAUCAGGCUCGGCCUAUACUUCUGCUGUGGUGCAUGUUCAAAGUCCAGACGAAGAGAUCAGUAAAUGUGAGCCAGAAGAAAAGUCAACAGAAAAAACAGAGAAGCUGAUUCCACCAAGGUUUCUGGAGCGCUUCACAAGUAGGAGUGUAAAAAAAGGAGCAAGUAUUACAUUAACUGUCAAGGUGGAAGGAUCUCCAACACCUGAUGUAACAUGGCUCAAAGAAGAGUCAGUGGGAGAUGUCAUUUGGAUUAAACAGAAUACACCAGGUUAUACCUUGGCUAGCUCAAAUAUGCAGCACAGUUUGAUCCUGCUGGAUGUUGGGAAGGAGUACUCUGGAUCCUAUACUUGCAUUGCUACAAACAAAGCUGGCCAAUCCAUCUGUUCUGCUCACUUGAAUGUUGUGGAUGAAGUUGAAGUUGUAAUAGAAGAAGCCCCAGAUGUGAAAGAAGCUUUAAUGGAAACAUUCCUACAUGGACAAGAACCUGAUCACAAAGCAUUGGAGAAAAAGCAGAGAGAAAUUCUGACAGAAGAAAUCAGUAAACAAGUUGCUGCAACAACAGCCUUGCCACAUUUAUCACUAGCAGAUGUUGGAACAGAAGAAUUCCUCCAAAAAUUAACAUCUCAGAUCACACAAAUGGUCUCUGCAAAGAUCACCCAAGCUUCAUUGCGUGUUCCUGGAGCAGAAAGUGAUGAGGAAGGCAAGACUCCAUCUCCAUCUCCACGUCAUGGUAGAUCCAGGCCAUCUUCUAUUGUCAAUGAAUCUUCCUCUGAGUCUGAAGAUUCAGAAACUAGAGGCGAGAUUUUUGACAUUUACAUGGCUACAGCAGACUACAAUCCAUUGCCAACGGAGAAAGAGUCCAUUCACCUAAAAGAAGGGCAAUUUGUGGAAGUUCUUGACUCUGCACAUCCGCUCAAGUGGUUGGUUAGGACAAAGCCUACAAAAAGCACACCAGCCAGACAGGGCUGGGUUUCUCCUGCCUAUCUGGACAAAAGGCUGAAGUUCUCAGCUGAACUUCCUCUGGAAAGCACUGAAUUCUCCGGAGAGAUUGAAACAGAAGAUGAGUACAGGAGAAAACUAUACCUCCUUGUACAAGAUCUGAUCAAAACUGAAAAAGAGUUCACAAGAGAUUUGCAGUUCUUUGUUGAGCAUUACAUCAAACAUACAGAAACAGCGCCCGACGUACCACCUUCAGUAGUGAAUGGCAAACAAACAAUUUUCCGAAACAUUAAUGAAAUUACUGAUUUCCACAGCAGCACCUUCCUGAAAAACCUCAUGAAAUGCCAGACAGAUGACGAUAUUGCGUUAUGUUUCAUCAAUAACAGCGAUGGAUUUGAUAAAUACUUACAAUAUCUGGUUGGAAGUGUACAGGCUGAAUCUGUUAUCACUAAUCCAGCCGUCCAGGACUUUUACAACAAAUAUACAGAAGAAGUAGCUUCUACACAGGACCAAUCAGAAACCCCAAUUCUGCCGAUACAUACUUACUUGGAUAAACCUCCUAAUAGACUUCUGAAGUAUCAAACUGUUCUGAAGGAGCUAAUUUGCAACAAAGCAAGAAGCAAUAAAAACUGUGCUUUGUUAGAAGAAGCAUAUGCUGUAGUGUCUGCACUUCCCAAGCAAGCUGAUAAUAACUUGCAUGUUUCCAUGAUUGAAAACUAUCCUGGGACUUUGGAAUCUCUUGGUGACCCAAUCAGACAGGGGCACUUCAUUGUAUGGGAAGGAGCUCCUGGUGCAAAACUAUCAUGGAAAGGUCACAAACGUAUUGUUUUUCUCUUUAAAAACCAUUUAUUGAUCUGUAAAACAAGAAGAGACAGCAGGACAGACACACAAUGUUAUGUCUUUAAAAACCUGAUGAAGCUCACUAAUAUUGAUAUAAAUGACUUUGUGGAGGGCGAUGAAAGAUCCUUUGAAAUUUGGCAUGAGCGAGAAGACUCUGUACGUAAAUACACUCUCCAGGCACGGACUGUGAAUAUUAAGAUAUCAUGGUUGAAAGACAUUUGUGGCUUCCAGCAGCGCUUCAGUAUACCUGCAUGGAACCCCCCAGAAUUUGUGGAGAAACUGGCAGAUUGUACUGCUGAAAUGGGACAAACAGUGAAAUUAGCGUGUCUGGUUAUUGGAAAUCCCAGGCCAGUUAUCACGUGGUACAAAGAUGGCAAACCUGUGGAGGUUGACCCGCAUCACAUUAUUAUUGAGGAUGAGGACGGUUCCUGCACCUUGAUCUUAGAUACUCUAAAUGCUGCUGAUUCUGGGCAGUAUAUGUGUUAUGCAGCCAGUGCUGCUGGGAAUGCUAAUACACUUGGAAAGAUUCUUGUACAAGUGCCCCCACGGAUUGUAAGCCAUCUUAAAAACAUUCCAUUUGUCGAGAAUGCAGAUACACAGUUUGUAUGCGCUAUUGAAGCGGCGCCAGCCCCUCAAAUAAGAUGGAGUACUGGUGGCUUACCACUAACAAAUAAGACAAAGUACCAAACUUUCUUUGACCCACAAUUCGGAGUUGCAAUGCUGAUCAUCAAAAACACAGAGAAGAACGAUCUUGGAUUAUAUGAAUGUGAAAUUACAAACAAACUGGGUACAGCCAGAGAUGUUGCAGAGUUGUACCUUCAGGCCCCUGUCCUAAUCCCAGAAAAGAGAAAAGAUCAAGUUGUCAUGAUUGAAGUCACUGAACAAGAGACUAAAGUUCCCAAGAAAACCAUCAUCAUCGAGGAGACCAUAACGACAGUAGUCAAGAGCCCAAAAGUUAAACGGCGCAGUACAAGUAUAUCUCCUGCAAGACCACCAAGGCUACAGGAAACAGAAUCAGAAAUGUUAUUCUCAACUAAACCCAAGCCACCUCCUCCCAAGCUUCAGACAGAACCCAGAGAAGCCCCGAUGAAAAUGCCACCUGUUCCAUCAGUUAUGAUAACCGAGCCAGAAGAGCAAGGUGCAACUUCGAGACACGUUUUAGUAGAAACUAAGGUAGAAGAACAAAAACCCCGGUGGAUUGAAGUGGAAGAAGUAGUUGAAUUCAAAGUUAAGAAAAGUGCAAAAUCACAAAGGAAAAGAUCAGUCUCGCCUUCUACUCGCACCUUAUCUGAGCAGCGCCCACCGAGUCAUAGAUCUUCAAGUCCAAGACCUAAACGACCUCUUCGGACUGACCCUAACAUAAACAACUCAAAUAACAACCUGGUGGAGCAAAUGCAAUCCUCCCUUUCAGAAGAAAACCUGACAAAUGUGGAUGUUCUUACAUCUGUAUGUGGACCUGAGAUUGUCACGGAACUGGAACAAGCCACAUCAGAAGAUACCAAUCCCGACCGUGCCUUUGACCACUUUGAUGCUGCUCAUGAAACAUCAGCUCAUGCAGUCACUGAGUAUGAUACUCAGCUGAAUAAAGCUGAAGAUAAGUACAAAUCAACUUUAUUGGAAGUGGAAACUCCACUCCUUGCACAUGUGGGUGAAACAGUAAUACUAAGCUUUGAGCCACCUGGACCCAUGGAUUGUGAGCAACUAUCCCUUAAAAAAGAUUCUGAUAGUGAAACAGCAUCUCCUUUGACAAUUGUAGAUCUUCCAAUGGAUAUUACUGAUGAUAAAUUGGUGGAGUUCGGAACAGAUAAUGAAGAGGAAAUAGAUACAGAAAAUGAAUAUGUCAUUAUUGAUGAGCCACCUGAAUCAAGCAAUGAUGACCUAAUAAAUAGAGACACCAAAAUUUUGACUCAUAAUGGCAAACUUUUAACCUUAGAAGACCUUGAAGACUACAUUCCUGCUCAAGGGGAAACGUACAAAUGUGAGGAUAUAGUUGACCAAAAUUACCCAUCAGCUGGUAGUUCCAGUGAACCAUGUGAAAUUUCUGUACUGCAGGCAGAGAUAAACAAACCAACAAUUGGCAAACCAGUUUUACUUAAUGUUGGCAGGCCAGUUGUUCCGAAGAUAAAGCCAAGUUAUUUGCAUCAGUUUGGAGAUCAGCGGUCUGGCGGGAUGUUCAUGUCAACAUCCCGAGUAACAGAAAUGCAUUCAGUGGGACCGUCAAAUUUGUCAGUACACGUCAGUGGAUCGUGUACUGAAUCGGUCAUCCAUUCCUCGACAAUAAUGGAGAAGAAACCACCAUUUGAAUUAAAAACAUCUUUUUGUACUGAGCUGCAAUGUUCUGUGGACAGUGGACAACCAAGCUUUAAAACUGAAGUUUCUACAAGAACUCUUAACUAUGGAGAAACUGUCACAUUACACAUCAAUAAGAAAGACCCACUAGAUGAAUCCAACAAACGUAAACCUGAUAAGCCUAACAAUUAAUUUUAUGAUGGUGGAACCUAGUUUAUGAUUAAAUAUUUCAACAAAAAAUUAUUUAGUCUUAAGGGAGAACAUUUAGAAAAUAAAAUUCAUCUAGCAGAAUCAAUGCACCCUAAUCCUUAACCCUAACCAUUCCACAUAAUAGUAAAAAGUUCCACAAAACUAUCAGGAUUAUGAUAUACUUUUUCACUUCAUAUCAUCAUAGAUAUUAGGUUUUAUGGAGUAUCAUAAAAAUCAUUCAAAUGUUCUCUCUUUAGUUGGGUUUCGUGAUCAUAAAGAAAGUCAGUUUCACUCACUUUCAAUAAACAUAUUGUCAUCCUUGUGGCUUCCUGGUACUCUGCCAACUAAUGAGAUUUGGACUCCACAGAAAAAGAUCUUGACAAUUAAAGGAUUAUGAACAAUAUGGUGGAUUUUCAAAGGAAAACCUAAAUGUUCUAGAUGUCAAAUCUAACAUGGGGUUGUUUUAUUAUGAAAGUCUAGAUUUAAUUUUUGUGGACUUAACAGAUAAUGACAUUUUGAUAUCUUUUGUGGAUUAAGUGGCGAAUUUGCUGAGGAUAAGGCUGCUGGUCUGAAGUUUGUACUUUUGCAGCAGUUUCAUCACUGUUCUAUUGUAAAGACACUGAGAAUUAUGUGACAUACUAAAGAAUUUUAGGGUGUUGUAUGAUGUAAUCAAAUUUAUUCUAAAAUUAUUGAAACUGAGAGUCAGACAUGCACACAUUUCCUGAUAUUUGAUUGAACUUACCGAUAAUAGGAAACUUGUUAUCUCCUUACUUUUCAGAAAAGUGAAAUUAAAAAGGGGAAGUGCUCAUCAGAGUAUAGACCUAAAAGUCUGUGAUAAUUAAAGAGGAAUGCAUGGUUUAGUUUAACAUUGAAUACCCUGAUACUUGUCCUUGGGCAACUGACUUUGAGUCUUUAGGGUGAUCAGAACUUUAGGGUGUUAUACAAAGUUAAUGGUAGAACAGAUUGCAGAAAUCAUAUUUCCAAGAGUAAAUUGUCUUCUAAGCAUUGCAGUUUUUUGCUCCAAUUACUUUGGACAUUAGGUGUGCAUAGCAAUCUUGCAAUUAUGCAUUGAUUCAUAGAGAUAUCAGUAUGUUACAUCCACAAUACAAUCUGAAAUAGUAUGUUUUUUUCAGAAACAUGCAUAUAUUUAGCAGAAGAAAAUUGGAUUCUAUUGAUGUUCUACCGUAUUUUUUCUUGAUUCAGUGUAUAUUAUUUUGUGACAAAACUUCAAUGUUAAUGAAAAAUUGAACAUGAUUAUAAAUGAUAUGUUUAUAAAUUUGAGAAGAGCUUCAGAUCUAUUGUAGUUCAUUGGCCAUCUUUUCAGUGCAUUUGCUUGAACUGAUCAAUUAACUUCAUGUUGUGUUAAGAAAAUGACUUGUUAUAGUCUCCUAAAAUUAAAUUGAUUUGAAUCAUUGGAAAAUUGAUUAUUUUCAGUAUAUCAAAUAAAAACCUAAGUGAGUUUUUGUUACAUUAACUUCUAUUUUAAGAUGCUGUACUUAAGGUUUACUUACAUAGAUUUUUUUAUUUGAAGUCAAAAAUAAUAAUCAAAUCCGAUAAAACUCUUAAAACCUCUGCAGCCGUGUAGGUUUCUUAAAGUUGAAGUUUGAACUGACUGUAUAGUUUCUUCCAUCAACUCAAUUUAAGGGCAAGAUAUGUAGGACUUUUCAAUGUGUGUGUGUUUUAUCCAUGCUGUGAACUGUUUAAAUGUUGUGUGACAUGUAUUAACACAGUUCUUUAUCUUUGAAUCACCUAAAGAUCUGUGUAACUUUAAUGAACAACAAUAACCACUUUAAAAAUAUGAACUUAAAUGGAAAGCUGCAGCGUUCAGAAUGUCAAAUGAAUUUUUGCAUGCUUGAAUUGAAGUUACAUUAAAAAAAUUUCAAAUAAACAGUUCUACAGCCAUGAAAGUGGUGCAUUUUUGAAAAGGAAAGUUGUGCAAUAUAUAUUAACCUUGACAUAUGUGUAUCUUCAAAUACAUUUUGAAUAAUGUAUCUUGUAUAGUCUGUGUUUUAACAAGAGCAUAAAAUGUUUGAUGCAUUCUUGUAUGUUUUGUCAGGGGGUAAAUUUUUAGAUAUGUAUAGGAUAUUAAAAAAAAAUCAAAGUGUGCCUCCUGACUUCAGUGUGUUAUAUUUGAACCCCUAAUGAAGUCUAAUUUCUGCAGUAAGUUUGUCAUCUUUUAGCUUUCAAUGUUUAUC